GGGCACCAUUCGAUUUCUGAUUUUGCAACGAAGACGUCGCCUCGUCUCCCAAGCCACCUGGAUAAGCCAUCUCGUGUGCGGUUCGUCUGCGAAACCGGUCAUAAUUCGAUCCGCUGUUUCGUUUUUGUGUAGUGUCGCGUCGCGUUGGGAAAACUCGGAAAACCCGCGCUCAGUUCAAGCCCAGCAGAAAUGCGCUGCUUCCUGCCCCUGGUGGCCCUGCUCUUGGCAGCGGGUGCCCACGCGGAUGUGUCCCAUUUGGACACGGAUCUCCAGGAGGAUGGCUACCACUACAAGCAGCCCUCGGUGCCCUUUCCGCCGCCGGACUCUGGCAACGGCAUUGAGGACUCGGACAUAGGAGGCCCAGGACCAGGACCCGCGCCCUCUAACCCGGCUCCGUCGUACGGACCGCCGCAGACGCAGCCACCGCGUCCUCCGCCGCAGCCACAGCCCACGGCACCAGCCCCAGGACCUACCUAUGGACCACCUCAGACGCAGCCCCCGCGGCCACCACCGCAGCCCACUCCUACUGCUCCGGCUCCUUCUUAUGGACCGCCUCAGACGCAGCCUCCUCGUCCUCCGCCGCAGCCCACUCCUACGGCUCCUGCUCCUUCCUAUGGACCUCCCCAGACGCAGCCAUCUCGUCCUGCGCCGCAGCCCGUGCCCACUCAGCCUGCUCCUUAUAGACCUCCCCAGACUCAGCCCCCAUCGCCACAGCCAGGACCGGAGUACCUGCCACCGGAUCAGCCCAAGCCGCGUCCCACGCCUUCCCGUCCGCAGCCACCACCGCCGUCUCCUCCCAGGCCGCAGCCCACUCCUGGAUACGGACCACCGCCGGCACCACCAGCUCCCACUCCAGGAUACGGCCCACCACCAACACAGCAGCCGCCGCGUCCCCAGCCUCCCAGGCCACAGCCUCCGAGUCCUCAGCCUCCUAGGCCUCAGCCUCCAAGCCCGCCGCCGCCACCACGCCCCUCGCCAGGAGCUGAGUACCUGCCGCCUCCUGGAGAGAACGAGGUGACCCCACCACAGCCGCAGCCAACGGCUCCGGCGCCAGAGUACGGACCACCACCAUCCUCGCCACCUGCACCCCCACCAGGACCCACUUACCAGCCACGCCCGCCCACUCCGCCAAGUCCACCUGCACCCACCUAUCAGCCCCGCCCACCGGCACCCACUUACCAGCCCAGCCCACCGGCACCCACUUAUCAGCCCAGUCCCCCUGCUCCACCACCAGGACCCACUUAUCAGCCGCGUCCUCCGGCACCACCAGCACCAACCUAUCAGCCACAACCGCCCUCCCCUCCCGCACCACCAGCACCAACUUACCAGCCUCGUCCGCCAGCACCACCCGCUCCACCAACUCAGGAGUACGGACCACCGCCCACUAGUGGUGGCGACGAGGCGGGAUCCCUGGGACCCGAUGGCUACAACUACAAUAAGCCUUCUCGACCCUUUACCUUCUAGAAAAGCGGCUCUUGUGCCCACCACUGUCCCGUGAUCCACCAAUGGAUCCACCGCCCGCAGCUCAAAUCUUUUUCCAAAUAAAAACAAAUCUCGAAAGCCAAA